UAGGUCAAGUAGAAUAUGCGUUGGGCUCCCUCAGUAUCAGAGCUUGUGUGGGGAACUCUUCACUUUUGGCCUAACCAAACCCAGACCUGCCUCGCCCUUAGAGUUCAGCCGGUUAGGUCAAGUAGAAUGCGUUGGGCUCCCUCAGUAUCAGAGCUUGUGUGGGGAACUCUUCACUUUUGGCCUAACCAAACCCAGACCUGCCUCGCCCUUAGAGUUCAGCCAGUUAGGUCAAGUAGAAUGCGUUGGGCUCCCUCAGUAUCAGAGCUUGUGUGGGGAACUCUUCACUUUUGGCCUAAUGAAAACCAGACCUGCCUCGUUCUUAGAUUUCAGUCGGUUAGGUCAAGUAGAAUGCGUUGGGCUCCCUCAGUAUCAGAGCUUGUGUGGGGAACUCUUCACUUUUGGCCUAACCAAAACCAGACCUGCCUCGCCCUUAGAGUUCAGCCGGUUAGGUCAAGUAGAAUGCGUUGGGCUCCCUCAGUAUCAGAGCUUGUGUGGGGAACUCUUCACUUUUGGCCUAACCAAAACCAGACCUGCCUCGCCCUUAGAGUUCAGCCGGUUAGGUCAAGUAGAAUGCGUUGGGCUCCCUCAGUAUCAGAGCUUGUGUGGGGAACUCUUCACUUUUGGCCUAACCAAAACCAGACCUGCCUGGCCCUUAGAGUUCAGCCGGUUAGGUCAAGUAGAAUGCGUUGAGCUCCCUCAGUAUCAGAGCUUGUGUGGGGAACUCUUCAUUUUUGGCCUAACCAAAACCAGACCUGCUUCGCCCUUAGAUUUCAGCCGGUUAGGUCAAGUAGAAUGCGUUGGGCUCCCUCAGUAUCAGAGCUUGUGUGGGGAACUCUUCACUUUUGGCCUAAUCAAAACCAGACCUGCCUUGCCUUUAGAGUUAAGCCGGGUAGAACUUUUCACUUUUGGCCUAACCAAAACCAUAUCUGGCUUGCGCUUAGAGUUCAGUCAGUUAGGUUAAGUAGAAUGCAUGCAAUU